CGAAUCGCACGAUAGAACAAAGGUGAAACGUAUAAAUAAAAAUGUCACUAAACAUUCAAGAAAUAUGAAUCAUAAUUUUGUGAAAGUUGAAAAAUAUUAUUUAAACGACAUACUUAAUGAAUAUGUAUUUAAGAUUGUAUCAUUUCAAAUUUUAUAAUAUAAAUGAAGUUGAAUUGAUAAAAAAGAAAUGCAAACAAAAUUAGAGAUGUUUUUUUGUAAAAUGAAAUUGUUUGAUUAAAGAUUGUUUAUGUUUUUUAUAUAUUCAUUUUUAAAUUUGUUUUUGAAUUGUUUUUUCUUUCUUUAUUCAUUUAUAUUAACAAUCAUGUCAAAACCUGAUAUGCCAAAACUUGUAACUGCACUUUUUUCCUUUAAAGGAAAAAAUAAUGAUGAAUUAUGUUUUAAAAAAGGAGAUGUAAUAACAAUAACACAAACAGAUGAAGAAGGCUGGUGGGAAGGCACAUUGCAUGACAAAACUGGCUGGUUUCCAUCUAAUUAUGUCAAAGAAUGUAGAGUUUCAGAAAAUAAUAUUUCAACUAUGAAGACUUCUCCUGAAAAAAUUCUGCAAGAAUCCCCUGUGCAUCAAAAAUUAAAUCGAGAUAUUGUAUUAAAGGAUUUAAUAGAUUCUGAAAGAGUGAAUGUAGCAGAAUUGCAGGGUUUAAUAAAUAAUUUUUUACAUCCCCUAGAAUCUGCUAAUAUAUUAGAAAAAGAAGAAUAUAAGCAACUUUUAGGUAAUAUACAUGAAGUUCUUGAAAUACAUCAACGAUUGUUAUCUAAUUUGGAAACAACUGUGACACAAGAUUGUGCUUUGAAAGUUGGAAAUUUGUUUCUAACAUUAGCACCAAAAUUAAAAUCUAUUCAUAUAACAUAUUGUGGAAAUCAUCCACAGGCUGUAUGUAUUUUAGAUCAAUAUAGAGAUGAAUUGAAUGAUUUCAUGGAACGUAAUGGAGCAAUAUCACCGGGUAUAUUAGUAUUAACAACUAGUUUAAGUAAACCUUUUCGAAGAUUGGAUAAAUAUUCUGCUAUGCUUCAAGAAUUGGAAAGGUAUACAGAAAAAAAUCACCCUGAUAGAGGCGACACUCAACGCAGUAUAGCUGUAUAUAGAGAAAUAGCUGAUCAAUGUGUAUCUAUACGAAAACAACGUGAAUUAGCACUCCAAAUUUUAACUAGUGGUAUUAAAGGAUGGGAGGGAGAAGAAUUAAAUUCUCUUGGAGAAAUUCUUUACGUUGGCUCAGUCACUUUGGCAAAUGGAACUACAAGUCUAGAUCGUCGAGAUAGAUAUUUUGUUCUUUUUCCAACAACUCUUUUAGUUCUCAGUAUCAGUCCAAGAAUGAGUUCUUUUGUUUAUGAAGGAAAACUUCCAUUAACAGGUAUUACCAUUAUUCAAAUAGAAGAUACAGAUGAAAUAAGAAAUACUUUCGAAAUUACAGGACCAAUGAUUGAAAAUAUAUUCGUAUUUUGCGCUACUAAAGAAGAUCAACAGCGUUGGAUUAAACUUUUAACACAAGAACAAACAGCAAAUAGUAGUCUUAUAAAAUCAUCAAUGACAUCACGCGUGAGUUACAAUUUACCUCCAUAUGUUCGUCUUUCAAGAUAUUUUGCAAAAUUAGUCAAGAAAAAAAUUAUACGUCUUGAAAUUCUGAAAAAAUUGCUUUAUUUGCAAUAUAUUCUGAAACCAGAUAUGAGUAACGUAAAAAUGCGAAAAACUAAUAUAACGACAUAUAUUCUUCAUCCAAUGCAAACAAACAGUCAAGAUUGUUAUUCUCAAAAUUCAGAGAACAUGGUUUUAAAUAAUAUUAAAACGAAACAUUCACCUGUUGAAACGACACAAACAAUGUUGCGUAAGUCUACUCUGAUACUUGAAGUGAAAUAUGCAUUAGAAGAUAUUGAUCUUAGUACUAUAGGAUUAGCACAUGAUUCAUGUUUAACAGAAUUUGCAUCGGCACAAAAUGGCACAUGUGAAAUUAGCAAAAGUUUACCAUUUAUUGGCAUUGAAAGUUCAAUUAAUAAUUUUAUGAAUAAUAAUAAUGUAAAUAAUAAUCUUGUUGAUGGACAAUCUCUUUAUCGAUCACGUUUCACUAAUCUUAUUCAUUCAUAUCCAAUUGGUUCUAACUUCCAUAAAGAUAUAUUUAAUGAAAUGGAAAAGCGCAUAGAUUCAAUAAAGUGUUGGAAAGGAAAAGGAUUCAUUGAUGAACAAAUUUCCAAAAAUUCAAACAUCAAUAAACAUUGUUGUCAAUUUCAAACAUAUAUACCAAAAAAAAUAUAUCAAGCAUCUGAUUUUCAAGCAAAUGUAAUUAGUGUUGGAUCGUUAGAUUCAGGAAUGGUUGAGAGUUAUUGUUUGAAUUUAUCUGAAAUUAAUUCUUCUUGUAAAUUAUGCACAUAUAUUGAUAAUAAAUAUAACGUUGAACAUCCUGUAAGAAUUUAUUCUAGUGAAAGUGAAAAUGAUGAAAGUAAAUUUGAAUAUCAAUGCAUUUGUACAUCACCUUUUGGUUCUACUCCCAGGAAUAGCAUUCAUUUAUGCAAUUUAUCGAAGCAUAAUGAAAAUGCUCAGGAUCUUUCAAUGUGCAAAACUAACAUGAAAGAUCAUAAUUCUAAGCAUAUUCUUGCUACAAAUGAAAUACAAACACAAAUAAAUACAAUUUAUGUACCUUUGAAUAAAUAUGAGCAUAAAGUGCAAAAAAGAUUUACGCAACCUAUACCGUACAUACAUCAAACUAUAGUACGAAAAGUUGGAAGAAGAGUAAUUCAGCCAAGUCAUCCCAUUGUUAAAAACAAUUAUAACGGAACGAAUCAAAUAUAUAAAUCAGGAUUAUAUGCCCAUUGGUGGUUGAAGAAAUUUAUACCAUUGUCUGGAUGCUCGGAUCAAGGCAAGCUUCCAUGGCAUGGCUGUUUUAUUUUUUUUUCUCAUUUAAUUAAUGUUUUUGCUUGUUUUAAUACUAAUUAUAUUUGCAGCCAACAAAAUGGGAAACAGCAGAUACAAGCACAACAGCAGCAGCAGCAGCAACAGCAGCAGCAACAACAACAACAACAACAACAACAACAACAACAACAUCACAGAUCAAUCAUGGAACAUUGUUCCACCUUAGGAAUUAGAACACCUUGGAGUAUUGCUUCAUUACGACCAGCACCUCCUUUCUAUACUUUUAAAAUAUUUAAUAAAACUGACAUCAGUUUGGAUUUAUCUUCACCACGCUUAUGUAAUGAAAGACAAUUUGAAGAAGAUGCAAUUAUAUUAAAAGUGAUUGAGGCUUAUUGUCUUUCUGUUAAUGCUAGAUUCACCAUGCAUUCUGGAGAAUCAACUUCAAUGUUGGAAUAUGAUUCACAUAAAAUGCAAGAAAAAGUUUCCUUAAUGAAUAACUGUGAAAAUUGGGAUUUUUGUACUAAUCGGAUAUUAUUAGAAACAGUUAGGACAUUGAAAAAUCAAAUGACAGAUUUGCAAUCACAAAUGUCAUUAUUGACAAAACAAUUAGACGAAGAGAGGCGAUCAAGACUUUCUUUAGCUGCUACAAUAAAACGUAGUAUUGGUGUAAUGAAUGGAUCGGUAUCUUAAAUACUUAUUUAUUGAGGUUUAUUUUUAUUAUGUUUAUAUUUUUUAAUUUGACAUAAUAGGAAUGUUUUUUCUGUAAAAUGUUCAUAACUCUAUUAUAUGUAAGAAAAAAUAUAGACAUAAAUAACUAAUUGAAUUAUUUGAUAUAAUGCAAUUUUUAAAAUUUUCAUUCAUUGUAUAGAUACAUAUGUUUGCAUGAAAAUUACAAAUAUAUUUGUUAUGAAUGAA